CGGGACUUUUUAGGCUAAUGUCCAAACCCUCUCAAUUCUCAUUAGGCUCUCCUCACCAUUACAUUAUACAAGCUUGAAGCUCCCAUUAAUGGAGUAUUAUCUAAUCUAGAGAGCUAAAGGAAGAAGCAAAAGGAUCCAUCAUAUGGAGGGAAACUCCAAUAUUUAUAGGAAAAAGGGGAAGGGGCUCUCUACCCUAAUGGGCCAACGGGCCGAUGUCGGGCCUAAUGGCCAAAGUGGACCAGAAUGAGCCGAAAUGGACCUAGCUGCUCGGGCUCCGUACUGGAUAAUGUCUUGGGCUCCUGAACAGUAAUAGGCCGGGAUAAUAUAUCCUAACACAAGUCCCCCAGUUUCUUGAGUAGUGAGCGUGUGAAUCUGCUCGAGAAAAUAUACUCUUGCCUGCGCUCUUCCUCUGUCUUGCUGGAAACUGUGUCCUCGAAUAAUCAUAAUAUAUGAGUGGAUGUCCACACUCCUGAACGUAAUCUGCCGGUGAGGAACCCCCUUCCCGACGGGAUCGGGCGAAGGGUGCUCCUCCACGGGCACGCUCCCCCUGAAUGCAUCAGGCGAGAGUAAAGGACUCUGACUCGAGCUUUCCAAUCGGAGAAGCUUAGAGGUCCAUGCAUCUAUAAACCGACGUCGCGGUACUAUCAAAACAUGAUGCACGUGUGUAUGUAUGAAUGUAUGAGGUAUGAUGCAUGAAUGCAUGAAUGCAUGUAAUGUAUGGGUGCAAUGUAUGAGAGAAGGAAUGUGAGGUGUGAUAGAAAGCGAUGGCUCUCAUCGAUAAACCGGGCAUGUCAGCGCCGAGAAGCAGACGUGCUGCACAAGACGGGUCCCCCAUCCGAGAUGGCAUGGGCGGAGCCGGAGGUGGACUGGACAUGAUGCCGCCGAGGGGCCAAUCGAGCUGUAUAAGAGAUGUUCGUCGCCAUCCUGGAGGGGAUGCGUGAUCCGAACGUGAAAGAGACACGAUGGCGCUGAGGGGCCGAUCGUGCUGCAUAAGACGGUCGUCGCCAUCCUGAAGGGGAUGCGUGAUCCGAACGUGAAAGAGACACGAUGGCGCUGAGGGGCCGAUCGUGCUGUAUAAGACGGUCGUCGCCAUCCUGAAGGGAAUGUGUGAGCCGAACCGUGAAGCCAUGUACGAUGGCGCUGAGGGGCCGAUCGCACUGCAUAAGACGUUCGUCGCCAUCCUGAAGGGAAUGUGCGAGCCGAACCGUGAAGCCAGGUACGAUGGCGCUGAGGGGCCGAUCGCACUGCAUAAGACGUUCGUCGCCAUCCUGAAGGGAUGCGCGAUCCGAACGUGAAAGAGACACGAUGGCGCUGAGAGGCCGAUCGUGCUGCAUAAGACGGUCGUCGCCAUCCUGGAGGGAAUGGUCGAGCCGAACCGUGAAGCCAGGUACGAUGGCGAUGAGGGGCCGAUCGCACAGCAGAAGACGUUCGUCGCCAUCCUGGAAGAGAUGCGCGAUCCGAACGUGAAAGAGACACGAUGGUGCUGAGAGGCCGAUCGUGCUGCAUAAGACGGUCGUCGCCAUCCUAGAGGGAAUGGUCGAGCCGAAUCGUGAAGCCAGGUACGAUGGCGCUGAGGGGCCGAUCGUACUGCAGCAGACGUUCGUCGCCAUCCUGGAAGAGAUGCGCGAUCCGAACGUGAAAGAGACACGAUGGCGCUGAGAGGCCGAUCGUGCUGCAUAAGACGGUCGUCGCCAUCCUAGAGGGAAUGGUCGAGCCGAACCGUGAAGCCAGGUACGAUGGCGCUGAGGGGCCGAUCGCACUGCAGAAGACGUUCGUCGCCAUCCUGGAAGAGAUGCGCGAUCCGAACGUGAAAGAGACACGAUGGCGCUGAGAGGCCGAUCGUGCUGCAUAAGACGGUCAUCGCCAUCCUGGAGGGAAUGGUCGAGCCGAACCGUGAAGCCAGGUACGAUGGCGCUGAGGGGCCGAUCGCACUGCAGAAUACGUUCGUCGCCAUCCUGGAAGAGAUGCGCGAUCCGAACGUGAAAGAGACACGAUGGCGCUGAGAGGCCGAUCGUGCUGCAUAAGACGGUCGUCGCCAUCCUGGAGGGAAUGGUCGAGCCGAACCGUGAAGCCAGGUACGAUGGCGCUGAGGGGCCGAUCGCACUGCAGAAUACGUUCGUCGCCAUCCUGGAAGAGAUGCGCGAUCCGAACGUGAAAGAGACACGAUGGCGCUGAGAGGCCGAUCGUGCUGCAUAAAAAUGGUGAUGAUCAUCUCAUGGCCCCCGGCCUGUCGGUGAGUGAUAAUCGUCUCACGGCCCUCGGCCGUGCUGGUGAUGUGUCAAGUCUCUCUCCUGAUUGGCCGUGAGAAGCCGAUCGUCUGCCAGGACUCCAUCCGGGAAGGAAUGGUGAGCCUGAAAUAAAUCUGGGUGAUGUCCCUCCUAUCUGGCCUGAGGAGCUAGUCUUCGUUCGUCUACCGUAUCCGUUGUCCUAUGUACGGACCGCUAAGCAGUGUACACUCGGCACGCACAGACUCUGGUAAAGAACUGGUUCUUCGUUCUUCCCAAGUCUCGUGAGUACUGGUCUCCUGGUUUCGCAGGAGACGUUCGUCAUCCCAACUAUGAGAAGAAACAGGUUUACCUACGUCGGGAUUCCCUAUUCUUCGUUCGUCCCUGUCGUGGUCCUACUAACCUUCUUACUUCGAAGAAGACGUUCGGUCAUCCAACGAUCGCAAGGAGGAAUAGGUUUAUCCACGUCGGGAUUCCCUAUUCUUCGUUCGUCCCUGUCGUGGUCCUACUAAUCUUCUUACUUCGAAGAAGACGUUCGGUCAUCCAACAAUCGCAAGGAGGAACAGGUUUAUCCACGUCGGGAUUCCCUAUUCUUCGUUCGUCCCUGUCGUGGUCCUACUAAUCUUCUUACUUCGAAGAAGACGUUCGGUCAUCCAACGAUCGCAAGGAGGAACCGGUUUAUCCACGUCGGGAUUCCCUGCUUCGUCGUCCCAUGCUUGUGGCCCUACUAGCCUCCUGCAUCGGCAGGAGGUGUUCGUCGAUCCACAGGAAAUGGGAGGAACUGGUUUAUCCUGCCGAGGUUCCCUUUGGUACGUCUAGCCUCCCCCACGUUCCUACUAACCUCCGCGUCGGGAGACGUUCGUCAUACGCGGCGAAGGAAGAUCAGGCAUACCUCGUCAAGACUCCCUCUCUCAUAGGAGUUUCUCUCUCCCCUUCUCCCCAUCUUUUCUUUUUUUUUUCUCUUUUUUUUUUUUUUGAGGGAGGAAAAUACGUUCGUCGGUUUCCAAGAAUGACCACCAGUGAUGUCACACGUAAUGGUGGUGGGAUAUCAAAAAGAAUAGAAUGACGAGGCGAUGGAAAUGCUGGUCGUCAUGCGAAGGCGAUGGCCACCCUCCUGAUGGGAGGGGUGAGCCCGAUCGCUAACUCAAGAAGGUCGGCAUUGGGAGCCGAUAUACAAUGAUCAUAAUGUCGUUGGGCAGUCGGUCCUGAUAAUGGAGAUGGCAAUAGUGUCCAGUCAGGCCGAUAUAUCCGAGCAACGGCUCUCAUCCAACGCAGCGCGGGGAUGAAACCGGUCUUCAAAAGAUAAAUAUUUCGUGCCGAGAGGCCGAACAUAAUAUGAUAGUGUCGGCAGUGAGAGGCCGACCUGAAAGAAUCAAACAACGGUCCUCGUUCGCGAGGUGGCGGGGAUGAGGCCGGUCUUCAAAAGACAAGCACGCCGGGCCGGGGGGGCCGAACAUGAUAUGACAGUGUCGGCAAUGAGAGGCCGAUCUGAGAAAAUCAAGCAACGGUUCUCGUCCGCGAGGGCGGGGACGAGGCCGGUCUUCAAAAGAUAAGCACGCCGAACCGAGAGGCCGGUCGUGGUGUAAUGAUGUCGGCGAUGAUAGGCCGACCUGAAAUCCAAGCAACGGUCCUCAUCCGCGUAGUGCGGGGACGAGGCCGGUCUUCAAAUAAGAUAAUCACGCCGAGCCAGGAAGCCGGUCGUGAUUAAUGAUGUCGGCAAUGAGAGGCCGAUCUGAAAUCAAGCAACGGUCCUCGUCCGCGUAGUGCGGGGACGAGGCCGGUCUUCAAAUAUGAUGAUCAUGUCGUGCCGAGGGGCCGGUCAUGAUGUAAUGAUGGCGUCAGAUGGCCCUCGGCCGUGACGAUCUCUUCUAGGCCCUCGGUCUCUGAAUGACGGGUGAUCGUCUCACGGUUCUCUGUCAUGGCAUUCGCCUCUAGACCCUCGGCCUCUAGGUGUUCUUCCUAGGCCAUCGGUCUCUGGGGUGGAGAUGCUCGUCCCACGGUUCUCAACCGUGGUGGUCUCCUCUAGGCCCUCGACCUCUGGGUGGAGAUGUUCGUCAUCGGCUCUCAGCCGUGAUGGUCUCCACUUAAGCUGGCCCUGAACGUCUUCAAGAUUCGGGCCGAUCGUCUCUAAUCAUUUCACUCGAGCGCGUCGAGCGGCUUCAGCUGCGCAAUAAGCAUGGUAACGGGCCGCACGGCCCGACAAUAUGUAUACACACAUAACCAUCUGCAUGGUUUUCUUUCUAACACCCACGAUUACCGGCCUAUGGGUCAUCGUGACCCUCGGCCCGUCUCAUCGUGCGGGGUUAAUGGACGUAGCAGCUCGCGGCGGGGCCAAUUAGCAGCCCGCCGAACGUCACAUAGAGAUAUUCAUCGGUCUGUGAGUUUUCAAACUCAGACCCAAGUUGGUCGCAGCGCCUUCGGAAACACGAGGCCGAGCGCUUUGGUGCCCUCGGGACUCCACAGGCCGCGUCUGGCAUUAGUCACUUCGUGCCUAACGGUGCAGGCAGUACUAGGGUACGAUCGUCGAUCGGGCAUUUGGUGCCGUGCAGACUAAUGUGUAACCCCCAAUUUAAAAUGUGUCGUCGGGGCAUUGCCCUCUGCAGACGCUCGGAUCGCUUAAUUAAGCCGAUCGAGAGUGGGCCAACGGCCCCACAAACAAUUAAACAUUUAAUCAAAUGCUAGCCGAACUAACCAUCACUUGGGCUUCGCUCAGCAUUAUUUAAUUCGGGACAUUUUAUCCCUAAUAAAUAAUAGUGAUGUACGGGUAGUAAUAAUAGUAUUAUCCUACCAUAAGUCAUUCAGAUACGCUCCGAUCGCUAAUUAAAGCCGAUUAGGAGCGGCCCAAUGGACCCACAACAACCAGUCAUCCAAUGACGGUGAAAUUCAUAUCACUAGAGCUUUACUCAUCUGAGCUUUGCUCGACAUUAUUUAAUUUCGGGGUAUUUGCUCCCUACUAAAUAAUGGUGAUAAAAAUACUAUCAUUACUAAUAGUUUAAACUAUUAACAAUUAAGUGUACCAAUUUAAAGGUGGAGGUACUUAGCUUUGGGUAGAUGUUCGGCCAGUUAGCAAUCCCAGAAAUGAUUUUGAUUCCUUUGACUUGGUCAACCUUUCCCAAGAGUCAAGGACUUCAAUUAAUCAGCCACUCCCAAGUCCAAAGUUGACGCACGUCCAAGCCAAGAGGCCCUCGGCUUAUUAUCGGAAUUCCCCAACUUGACUUGGUCCAAUUCCCCAAGAAAUUAGCCCCUUUUACUUGGCCUGGAUUUCACGGACGUGGUGCGCUUAGGUCCAAGCAGCGAUAUACGGAACAUCCCCUAGAAAGGCCAGCCGCGAGUGCCGGCCACUUCCGCCGGUGAGGUUGGCGGUUGCAGCAGAGCAAAAGGCGGCCAGGGAAGAUAGUCUCCGAUGGAAAGUCGGCAGAACUCUGAAAUACACACCUUCCUGAGCUCCAAAUCGCCAUUAAUGGCAGAGACUAAGGAUGUGCUGGCUGGGAAAAUCCCUGAGUUGGGCUGGCAGCGAGGUUGAGUUCCGAGCAACAACUGGCCAGACAGAGGAGUGACCACUACCUCUGAUCUUCCGCCGGUGCGGUGAACUGCGGCGGGCUCAGGGAGCUUCUGGCGUUACACGGCGGCGGUUCGGCAGGUGCUCCGGCGGCGGCGAUGCUCUGGCGGCGGCAGAUAAACAGAGAAAAAACCAGAGCCCAGAUUUCCCAUAAUCAUUUUCCCUCCUACCUUUUUCGAUUAAACCCAAAACCUCCAGCAUCAAAAUUUUUCCUUCUUCCCAGAUCCAGAAUCAUUUUCUUUUCUCUAAUUUUUUUUCUUCCUUUUCACGUUGGAUCUCCUUCCUCCUGCUUGCUUUCCAGAACAAUUUUUUCUUUGUUGAAAAUCAGUGCUUCGUAUGAAUUUUUUCUUGGAACUAAAGAACAACGCGAAUCUUUUUGGACAGAUUCCCACAGACGGCGCCAGUGUUGAGUUUAAUCCAACACGAUAUAGUAAAUAUAUGUAUAAAUGUGUAUGAACAAGCUAUUUUUAUGUGGAAACUCGAAAGGGAAAAAACCACGGGACUUUUUAGACUAAUGUCCAAACCCUCUCAAUUCUCAUUAGGCUCUCCUCAUCAUUACAUUAUACAAGCUUGAAGCUCCCAUUAAUGGAGUAUUAUCUAAUCUAGAGAGCUAAAGGAAGAAGCAAAAGGAUCCAUCAUAUGGAGGGAAACUCCAAUAUUUAUAGGAAAAAGGGGAAGGGGCUCUCUACCCUAAUGGGCCAACGGGCCGAUGUCGGGCCUAAUGGCCAAAGUGGACCAGAAUGAGCCGAAAUGGACCUAGCUGCUCGGGCUCCGUACUGGAUAAUGUCUUGGGCUCCUGAACAGUAAUAGGCCGGGAUAAUAUAUCCUAACACCACAUAAAAGAAUAAUUUGUAAUUUAAUAAGUUGAUGAAAAAUAAAAACAGUACCCCCUCCGUCCCAUAAAAUAGUUCAUGCAUUGACUUGGAUCAGAGUUUAAGAAAGUGGAAAUGUAUGGUUGUGAUUGA